CUCGCCGUUAAACAAACCCAUCCCCGUGUCUUUCACAUAGCAAAUUUUAUAUCGGCCGAGUCCGUUGCUUUUUCUCGGCGGAUUUUAUUUUGUUCAAGGAAAUUCGUUCUCAGUCCAUUCGCUAUCAAUUCGGAGACUUUAUUUUGCGAUUUUUCCUUUAACUUCUCUACAAUACGCUUCUCAAUAAAAACCGAAACGUGUGAAUUUUGCUAGUCUUCUGUGUCAGAGACUGAAAUUAGGGUUUCGCAUCAAAUCUAGGGUUUCAAUCGCUGUUUUCAAUUGAAUAAGGAAAUAUAAGUAUACAGCCGUAAUUUACUGGUUUUGACAUUAUAGGUAUAUAAUUCGCCGGAUUGGAUGUGAAAUUAGGGUUUCGCUUUUCGGGAAGAAGGAGAAGAUGAUAAUAAAACGACCUUCCAAACUCGAAACGGCGAAUCCAGACCGGAGCAAGAUUGACGAUCAAUUUUAUGAAGACGAAGACCUCGACGAGGUUGUCUACGUGUCAAAUCCCAAGAAACGAAGAAGAAGAGACGGCGAUGAUUAUCGUUCAAUGCAUCUUGAAGUCGAUGAUUUUAGCAGUGGUUCAGGUUCUUGGAUUAGCGAGGACCCCUCUUAUUGGGGUUCUAAAUACGAAUCCAAUUCAAAGAAUUUUAAUUAUAUGAACAAAGGUACAAAUCAGAGCUCCUUAAGGUAUCAGCCUCCGGCAUCAAAAUCGUUGAGAGGAAGAACUCAAAUGCUUCCUUCAAAGCACGAUGACUCGGUUCUCAUGGUAGGUGACACAGAUUCGAGCUUUGGUGAUGAUGAUGAUAAUGACGAUGAGGAAGUUAAAGAUGGUUUUGGGAGAAAAUACAAUGGAACAAGUUUUAUAAGAGACAAGUUUGGUUUUGGAAGCUCGAAUUACUACUCAGUAAGAGAAAAAGAGAUGGGUUAUGUAGGGUUUAAUGAUUUUGAUCCCAGAGAGUAUCUGGUUUCACGUAACUCUGCAAUGCCGGUGCAUAACCUGAAUUCCGUACCAUUCGUAAAUAAUGAACAGUAUAUUCCUCAGUUUGGUUCUAGAAAUGUAGAUAGAUUGACCAAAGAGAAAGGUAAAAAAAAGAAGGAUGUGUACAAGCCGGAGGAUUUUGCUUUGGGGGAUUUAGUGUGGGCUAAAUGUGGGAGAACGUACCCAGCUUGGCCGGCAAUUGUGAUUGAUCCCAUUGUGCAAGCUCCUGAAGCUGUUUUGAGAUGCUGUAUUCCUGGUUCACUUUGUGUCAUGUUCUUUGGCUAUUCAAAGAACGGAACACAGAGAGAUUAUGGUUGGGUGAAACAAGGGAUGAUUUUCCCCUUUGCAGAAUUCAUGGACAGAUUUAGGGAGCCGACUCAGUUGUACAAGAGCAAGCUGAUUGAUUUUCGGAGGGCACUGGAGGAGGCUAUUUUAGCAGAAAAUGGGUUUUUGGACACGAACCUUGGGAUUGGGCAAAUUCAUUAUCCUGAAGCUUAUUCCUGCGGAGUCCAAGAAGUCACUGUUUCAAGUCAGGAUAAAUAUUAUUUUCAGAAUCAGAAUGCUUGCUAUAAGGAAGCAAGGCUUUGUGAUGGUUGUGGUUUAGUUCGUCCAUGCAAAGUGAAGAAAAUGGGGGGCUCAAUAUCUAAAACCCAGUUCUUCUGCAAACAUUGCACUAAGCUACAAAAGUCAAAACAGUAUUGUGGCAUAUGCAAGAAAAUUUGGCACCAUUCAGAUGGUGGAAAUUGGGUAUGCUGUGAUGGUUGUAAUGUUUGGGUACAUGCUGAGUGUGAUAAAAUUUCCAGCAAAGUAUUUAAGAGUCUGGAGUACAUUGAUUACUUUUGCCCGGAUUGCAAAGCAAGGCUUAAAGCUGAAUCAGGUGCAGACAAAUGGCUGCCAAGUGUCAAGCCUAUAGAAAAUAAUGGACAAGUUUUGCUGCCUGACAAGAUAAUGGUAGUAUGCAACGACAUGGAAGGAGCAUAUAUUCCAAGACUUCAUUUAGUUGUGUGCAGGUGUGGUUCAUGUGGAUCUAAGAAACGUACACUUAGUGAUUGGGAACGCCAUACUGGGUGCAGAGCGAAAAAAUGGAAGUAUAGUGUCAAAGUCAAGGGUACAUCGCUACCACUAGAAAAAUGGAUUACUGAGUUUAAUGCUCAUGGUGUGGAUCCUGUGAAGUUGGAUAAGCAAAAGUUGAUUUCCUUAUUGAAAGAGAAAUAUGAGCCUCUUGAUGCAAAAUGGACAACCGAAAGAUGUGCUAUCUGUAGAUGGGUUGAAGACUGGGAUUAUAACAAAAUUAUCAUCUGCAACAGGUGUCAAAUUGCUGUCCACCAAGAAUGCUAUGGGGCAACCAAUGUUCAAGAUUUUACUUCAUGGGUUUGUAGAGCAUGUGAAACACCCGAUGCUGAGAGGAAGUGUUGCCUCUGUCCCAUCCAAGGUGGUGCUUUGAAGCCAACUGACAUUCAGCCGCUUUGGGUUCAUGUUACAUGUGCUUGGUUCAGGCCUGAAGUUGGUUUCUUGAAUCACGAGAAAAUGGAACCUGCAACUGGAAUCCUUAGGAUUCCAACAAAUUCAUUUUUAAAGAAUUGUGUAAUCUGUAAAACAACUCAUGGUUCAUGUACUCAGUGUUGCAAGUGUGCUACUUAUUUUCAUGCAACAUGUGCAUCAAGGGCGGGAUAUAGCAUGGAAAUACAAUGCUUGGAGAAGAACGGGAGACAGAUAACAAGGAAGUUAAUAUACUGUGCCAUUCACAGGUCCCCAAACCCAGAUGCUGUUGUGGCUGUACAUACUCCAACAGGAGUUUUUGCUGGAAGAAGCUUGCUUCAGAACCAGAAAGGUUGUUUUCGGGGUUCUAGGUUGGUUUCGUCUAAGAGAACAGAGUUUCCUGAAGCUUCUACCUCAGAGGCUAAUGAGCUUGAACCUCUAUCUGCUGCAAGGUGCCGUGUUUUUAGAAGAUCAAAGGAUAAGGCUAUGGAAAUGGUGCCAAUAUUCCACCGACCAAUGGGACCAAGUCAUCAUUCUUUAGAUGCAAUAAAUAGCCUGAGCACAUUUCAACAGGAAAUCAGUGAACUUAAGAAUUUCUCGUCAUUCAGGGAACGGCUCUACCACUUACAGAGAACUGAAACCCAUCGGGUUUGUUUUGGGAAAUCUAGCAUUCAUGGAUGGGGCCUCUUUGCACGUAGAAACAUGCAGGAAGGAGAAAUGGUCGUUGAGUAUCGUGGUGAACAGGUGACACAAAGUGUUGCUGAUCUGAGGGAGGCACGAUAUCGUAAAGAAGGCAAAGAUUGCUAUCUAUUCAAGAUCAGUGAGGAAGUGGUAAUUGAUGCCACAAACAAGGGGAAUAUAGCACGCUUAAUCAACCAUUCGUGCAUGCCCAAUUGCUAUGCAAGGAUCAUGAGCGUAGGUGAUCAGCAGAACCGGAUAGUUUUGAUUGCUAAGACUAAUGUGUCAGCUGGAGAGGAGCUAACGUAUGAUUACUUAUUUGAUCCGGAUGAGCAUGAUGAAUUGAAAGUCCCUUGCUUAUGCAAAUCUCCCAACUGCCGGAUGUUUAUGAAUUAGGUUACUUAUUUUUGUAUCCCAUUGUAAUUCUGCGAACAACUGGGGCUCAUCUUUAAUACCAUUGGGAAUCUCACAUUUUUUCAAGUGAGCUUGUAAUUUUUCUUUUUGGUUUUUUUUUUACCCCCUUAACUGUAGGCUCAUUCCUUUUGUAAUUCUACAGAUGCAAUAAAAUGUAAAUUUUAGUA